AUGAGAGUCCUAUACGCAGCCAGCCUCCUCCUUGGAGCUGUCUCGGUCGGCGCCCACAAACCUGCCGAGUACUCCUACGAAUCCACUUAUGAUAACCGUCCUGACAUCGGUGGUCGGGUUUCGGGUGCAAUUCAAUGGCAGUCGCCGCCCGUCAACUCGACUCUGCUAGACGUCAGUAAGUUCCGUGUGACUUGCACUGGCAACAAGUGGCGUCACAACUGCGAAUAUGCCACCGACGGAAAGGCCGAUACCUACUGGGAGAGUGACAACCUUGGUAACGGAAAACCAUGGAUUUCCAUCGAUCUAAAAUCCGUGCACAACGUUAGCGGCUUGACGAUGUUGCCGCGCUUAGAUGAGAGUGUCACUGAGGGUCAGAUUUCCAAACACCAUGUUUAUGUGAGUAAAGAUGAGCGAACAUGGCAUGAGGUUGCCUAUGGAACAUGGGGUACAAACAAGGGUAUGAAGCUUGCUGCUUUCAAUCCCAUACCGGCCCGCUAUGUGAAGCUUGUCGGCAAUACUCCUGAAAACCCAGAGUACCCUGGGUGGCAUGAGCCUGCCUCAAUUGUCAACCUCGGUAUCUACGCUACCAGCUAUACUCUCCCUAUUGAGCCUGGCAAGGGCAUGUGGAAUGCGACCAUCGACUUGCCUGUCAUCCCAGUUGGCGCGGCUCAGGAGAAGAAUGGUCAGAUCAUCCUCUGGUCUGCCUGGGCAGAUGACCAGUUCUUUGCUUCUCCCGGUGGUAAAACACUCACCACAACUUGGAACCCCAAGACUAAGACCAUUGAGCAGACUGUGGUUGCCAACACUCAUCAUGACAUGUUCUGCCCGGGCAUGUCUAUGGACUUUGAUGGAAACAUCGUUGUGAGCGGCGGUGGCGACGCUGGUCGAACCAGUAUUUUCAACGGAUCGGCCUGGGAGUAUGGUCCUGACAUGCGCAUGCCUCGUGGAUACCACGCAACGACUACCCUAUCCGAUGGUCGUAUUUUCGCCAUCGGUGGCUCCUGGAGUGGUGGUAACAAAGCCGAGAAGAACGGCGAAGUGUAUAACCCUAUCAAGGGAAAAUGGUACACUCGCUCCGGCGCAAAGGUUGACGAAAUGCUGACCGGCGACCGACUUGGCCGCUGGCGUGCCGACAAUCACGCUUGGCUUUUUGGCUGGAAGGAUGGAAGCAUCUUCCAGGCUGGACCAAGUAUCAGAAUGAACUGGUUCACAGUCGAGGGCAAGGGUACCACCCAGCCUGCCGGAAGACGAGGUGAUGACCGUGACUCCAUGUCUGGCAAUGCCGUCAUGUUUGACGCUGUUCGUGGCAAGAUUCUCACCUUUGGAGGCCAACCUUCCUACGAUGGCUCUUACGGAUCUAAGAACGCCCACAUCAUUACGUUGGGUAGUGCGCUCCAGGAUCCUAGCGUGCAGGUUGCCGGUCGAGGCUCUGGUGGAGGUAUGAACUACCCCCGAGUCUACCAUACUUCCGUGGUCCUUCCCGAUGGCAAGGUGUUCACUGCAGGUGGUCAGGCCUGGGGCAAGCCAUUCAACGAGUUCACUGUUCAGUUCUACCCGGAGCUUUACAACCCGGAGACUGAUACUUUCGAGGUCCUGAACGGCCACAACGUUGCCCGUGUCUACCACAGUAUCUCGAUGCUGCUACCAGAUGCGACCAUCUUGAAUGGUGGAGGUGGUCUCUGUGGAAAUUGCUCUGCGAACCACUAUGACGCGCAAGUUUUCACUCCCCCCUACCUGCUCACUCCCACUGGACAACUGCGGGCGCGUCCCACCAUCUUGAGCGCCGAUGACAGAGUUAGCGUGGGCCAGGUUUUGACUUUCAAGACCGACUCCCACAUUGGAUCCGCUUCUCUGAUUCGGCAGGGAACCACUACCCACACUGUGAACACUGACCAACGUCGUGUGCCACUUAGCUUGGUGGCCCAUGACAACCACAAGUUCACUGCCCAGCUGCCCUCAGACUCUGGUAUUUUGCUUCCUGGCUGGUACAUGCUGUUUGUGCUUGAUGGCAAUGGCACCCCCAGUGAAGCUUCCAUGGUCAAGGUGGAGCUGCCUCAAUAUGCAACCGCAGAGCUUGAAGAGAUGGAGGAAAAUGAUAUUGAUGUGGAGCUUGAAAGCCAUGAUGUCUACAGUGAGGAGGAUUGCGAGCACGAGGAGAUGCCGGGAACCCUUGCUACCAUCCUUUCUUCGCCCGGCCGAGUCUGGCAAGCGUGGAAGCCCCUCCUUGUUUUGCAAGGCUACUAG